GCACUACGCCGCUGCAUCUUGCGGCGAGGUACGGCCACACCGCCACGGUGGAUCGGCUCGUGGCGGCCGGCGCCGCCGUCGACGCGAAGGACGACGAUGGCUAUACGCCUCUCCACGGGGCGGCCAUCCGCGGCCACUCCGAGGCGGCGCAGCGCCUGGUCGACGCCGGCGCCGACGUUCAUGCGAAGAAUUGGACGGAGAUGCGACGUCGAUGGGACUCCGGCACUACGCCGCUGCAUCUUGCGGCGCUGCACGGCCACAUCGCCACGGUGGACCGGCUCGUGGCGGCGGGCGCCGCCGUCGAGGCGAAGGACUUCGAGGGUUGGACGCCUCUCCACCGGGCGGCCCGGUCGGGCCACUCCGAGGUGGCGCAGCGCCUGGUCGACGCCGGCGCCGACGUCGACGCCCAGAACAACUCCGGCCUAACGCCCUGGGAGGUGGCCAAAAGGGAAGGCCACGAGACGCGGAUGGCGCCGGUUCUGCGUCCCGUCCAGGUGGGCCUUCUUAGUGGUCGCACAGUGGGCUGUGACCCAGAGCCCAGCCGCACCGUGCGGGACCUGCUGGAAGAAGCCCAGUCAAAGCUUGGGACUGGAAUCCACCACCUCGUCACAAGUUCUGGAACGACUCUGAAAGAACACGUGACUUUGCAGGAAGCUGGCAUUGGCUAUGACAGUGUUGUUACGGCAAUUGCUUUGGUGCCAGCUUCAGAAGGUCGAAGUGCUGCGGAGGCUACAUCUUCAACUGCGGCAAAGGCUUCAGUGCCCGGACAAGAAGCACCAGAAGGCGAAGCGCUGGAAGGUCCAAGUGGUCCAAGUGGCGUGGAUGCACCAGGGCCAGGAGAAGUCGAUGGCCUUCCUGAUGAGACCCUACCAAUCAGAAAGGCCCCCGACGGCCUUGCGAGCAGUGGCCAUACGAUUCCUGUGGCGGAGGUCUCAUCUCCAGAUCCUGCAACUCAGCAAGCUGUUGGCUGCCAGUCUGGUGAAUUGGCCGACGCACGCCGCAGCAUGCAGGAAGAAGGAGUUGAAGGUGAAGGCUUUGAAUACGCCGCUUCAGAUCUUGUAGAACAACCUGCAGCCCAGCCAGUCUUGCACAACGUUGAGGAAUUUCCAACAGCGCCCUUUGUGAAGAAGAUCGACUUUGACUGGGAAGAGGGACGCAAAUACUUAGACAUAGAACUGGACGAUACUGCCAUUUGUUUGGUACGGGAUGACAUUGUGAUGAUGAGCAGCAGAUCGGUACACCAAUCAAACUCGUUGGGAUUCGAAGUCCUGGAGGACUAUGAUGCACCGGCUUUGCCUGCUGGCAUGGUGCCUAUGGGUCCUUUGUUGAGACUCUGGCCUGAAAAUGUGACCUUCUCUGAAGAAGUUCAUGUAGUCAUGCCCGUGUGUCGUGGUGCGAAGAAUGCUUGGUGCACCACUGACAGUGGCUGGAAGCAGGUGCCUGCUCAGAUAAGACAGAGCAUCAUGAUCACCUCUUUACACCACUUUUGUAGUAUGCAGCCUGCUGGCGAACCGGUGGAAAUAAAAGCUUUGGGCUACAUCAAACAGCCAAGUGCAAAGAUAGUGUUGGCACACAUUGAUUGUUCCGAAUGUGACAGCAAACUGAGCAAGCGUGAGAACGAUCCUCAUUUUCUUAAGGACUUUACCCAAUGCAGAGAUCCAGAAGUGCUGGACGAGCGUAAGGAUGGUGAUAAAGUGGAGCUCUCGCAGCCAGAAGCUUCCCGAGAGACGAUCGAGUUGAAAUUUAAGCGGUUUCCCUUUGUCUCUAAAAAGCUCUCAGCUCAGUCUGGGAGUUUCAAAGUUCAAGUUGAUGACGAACCUUAUGAGUUUCAACUGGACAGAGAUGCGGACAACGCAGAGGUAGCUCGUCCCAGACAACAUGCAUCCCCGCAAGCUGCAUCAGGAUCAUCAGAGCACACAUCAACAGGUUCAGCAAUCCACCGCCCGCCUGAGGUCAGGCUUAAGUGGGAAGAGCCUGUUGUGAUUGAGGUGGAUCUUUCAGAGCUGCUGACAAAGAUGGACCCGGGGUUGUACCAAGUCCUUGCCCAAGAAAGGGGAAGAUGGCAUCAAGUCUCCGAAGACCUCUUUCUUCACAUCUGGACAGAUGCCAAUAUUGCUAGAGCACAGGUUGCACAAAGGUCUUUGUGCUUGGAGCAUGUCGAGCAGGUCACGUCCGACCUUGUGCGAAGAAUCUGCGUUGACUUGGGCCUGGCCUUCUCUUCUGACAUGGCUAAGAAGCUUACCAAGAUCGUCCGCUGCAAACAGGUCACAGAUUUGCGAUGGUAUGACAUCUUUAGACACCGUGCGUUCAGUACGAUCGAUGCCUGUGCCAAGCGUGGCGCUAGCCAAAUUUUACUGGUGGGCGUACAGCCAAAGAUGCUGAACUCAAUCACUCAAAAAGAGCUCCGCUGUCUUCACAAAGACCUGAAGCGUGCAUCUGAGAAGAAGAGCUUUGACUUCUAUCACUUGCUUAAUGGUCUGAAAUGCCCCAUUGAUAGACUGGAAGAGGAGCUGCAGCAGUGGCUGCGAAAAGAUACAAAGCACCAGGUCGUGAUCGUAUCCUGCUGCGAGGACGAUCAAGAAGAAGCCCAACGUAUUUGCAAACGCCUCAAUGAGGGGCUGGAUGUAUUGGAAUACGUUGAUGCGUUGAGUCCAGAGGAAGUCAUGUUCAAUCUGAGCAUCAGUGCCAUCAAGAAAGUCCUUACGCAACUUGGCCAGGAUGGAUUUACGAUGCCUGCGGAGAAGUUCGGCCAAGCCAUGAGGAUGCUUGGGAUGAGUGCGACACCGAUGAAGGUGUCAACGCCAUCAAUUGACAUCCUUACCCUGCACGAUCUUUUGCUCGAAGACCUGAAGAAUUCGGCUACAGAUCCUUACAAUGUGCUCAUGAAGUUCUUGAGGCUUUUGGAUGGAGAUUGCAAGGACACCAUGUCUGUUGCGGAGCUGAAGCGUUUCCUCGGAAUUGGAGGUAUGCGAUCAGAGAAUGAGCUUGAGGCCACUGUUUCAGCAUAUCGGCAGGCUGAGAUCCCACUUUCAAAGCUCAGAGAAGCGUUAUUUGAUCCAGAAAGCCAACAAAAGCUGCUGAACGAUCAACAAACGACCAGUCGAAUUUCUUGGGCAGUGGCUGACCGGAAUGCCUUCCAAGUCUUUGAUGGGCCUUGGAGUGCCAUAAAUUCUGGAACAAAGGUGGCGGCCAAUUCUGGAGCACAGUCCUCUGCAGGAGAGGAUCACAAAGAUUCCGUGGCUGUUGGAAGAGAGACUGGCAGAAUCUCAGUGCCAAUACCCGUGGCUCCUGCAAAUGGCAAGCACUUGUUCCUUUCUGGUCGAUUCAAUGAUCCAAAGAGCAAGAGCUACAUGAGAGCAGUCAGAGACGAACUUGAACAGUUGGGAGUCCAAACUUACAUGGUGGAAGGACAAGGAGCUGGUGGCGACUUUGCCCCAGCUACCAUUACAGGCCUCUACCAUGCCAUCACCAUGGUGGCAUUUUGCACUCAUCACUAUGGCCAGAAGACCAACGUGGGCUAUGAGACCUUUUUAGAGUUGAAAACAGCACACGAAAGGCACAUUCCCAUCAUUCCAGUUCAAUUGUGCGAUACCUAUCCGCCAGAACCGCCAGACGAAGAGGGUCGACAGCAAAAUUGGUUCGUUCUUGGUCCCAGUCGCAUCAAAAUCAAAGACGUGGGGUCAAACGAACCUGCCAGGGUAGCAAAAGACGUCCAAAGGACUUGGCUGAAUUUAACCAGGCGUUGAAAAAGUCCUGCUGUGACAGUGCUCAGGACCAGAGAAUAGUAGAACCUGAAUUGUAUAAGUAUGGGAUAGUAUGGGUAAACAUUGCAAGAGCAUGACUUUGUAUUUUUUUACUUAUGUUUGCUCCUUAUUUGCUUUUGCGUAGCCGUUCGUGGCUGUUCAAAGUCCACGGAUUCCGGGCAGCUGGAGGGAUACCUUUGAUGCCUCCCAUGAUGGGUCUGCCUUUGCCAGCACCGCGACGUCCGUGACUGCC